AAAUCAAAUUGGAAGAGCACAGCGCGAGGGGCCAAAGGUCGGCGGCGAUAAAGAGGACAUGGGUCCAUUCAGCUACCAGUCCGUCGCCAACAAUGGCCAACAAGAUAAAUUACACAGACGCGCAGUUGCUGGAGUCUAAAAUUUAUUAAAAAUUUUGAAGGUGCUGUAGUGGUCAUGAUAUCAAUAGAGCGCUAACGACCUCCCCUGUAUCGUGUUUGACACCAGAAGUGAACGCACCCUAACAUAUGGGAGGAUUGCGAGAAAAAUUGUUUUGAAAACGAUUGCGGACUUUUGGCCGUGCACACCUUAUUAUAUGGUGUAUGUGAAGUCGAGGCGUCUGCGCCGCCGCCUCUCGCUUUGCACUCGCGACUGCCGUGACCGUCUCUAUUCCAUUCCACACCAGUCAUCGGCUAUGCUAAAAUAAAGUGACUUCAGUCGAGCGAAGGGGUUGCGUCCGAGCGCACGCACGUUGAACUGCUCGUCCGAAUUUAGAAUUACAUCAGUUUCCGCACGAGUGUGUUUUUUUAGAACGUACCUUUUUCUGUAAAAUUCAAAAGGGGCGCCGAAAUCAGUCAAGGGGUGUGCCGACCAACCCCUGUGGAGCGGCGUCUCUCGGGGGAGGAACGAAAACAAGAGUGGUGACUGACUGGCGAGGCUAAACGCAGUGCAAUGCGGCGGGUCAAGGGAUGAAGGGCAAGAGGGGCUGGGUGGGUCGGCACGUGUACCUGCUGCUGCUGGGGGUAUGUGUGCUGCUGCUGCUGGCCAGCAACCUGCAGACCGACCCUGGACCUCAACAACCCCCGCCGCCGGCCAAACAACCCCUUGGCCUCGGCGUCCGCAUUUUCUUCAAGCGCCUCUUCGGUGACGGCUACGGACAAAAGUGCGACCAACACGCCGCACACGGGUCAGUGCAGAGCUCUUUGUCAGAGGCGACGCGGGUGUUGGAGAUUCGCGACAAUUCGCGCUUGGCGUUUUUCUUUGUGGAGACGUCGUGCGAAGGGCGAGUGAACGCGCGUCAGGCGUGCGCCGUCGAGUCGGCCGCCCUUCUGCACCCUGAAGCAGACGUAUACCUGCUGCUCUUGUCGCCGCCCGCCGAGUUUGACGUGGGACGCAACCCUUGGCUCGCUGCCCUUGCAGCCGCCUACCCCAACGUCCACCUGCUUUAUCUGCACCUUGAUGAAUACUUCAGCGACGGACCGCUCGAGCACUGGUACCGUUCAGGAAUGCUCAGGGCCAGCAGUUUUGAGCAGUCGCACACCAGCGACGCCUUCAGGUACUUCACCCUGUGGAAGUAUGGCGGAACGUACAUGGACCUGGACAUCAUCCUGCUGCGACCGCUGACUGGUCUGCAGAAUUUUGCAGGCGCCGAGUCGGGUGAGGACAUUGCGGCCGGCGUUCUGAACCUGGAGCGUGGUUCCGCUCUGGCUACUGAGUGUGUCAACGAGAUCAGGGACCACUUCCAAGUGGAUGACUGGGGCGCCAAUGGCCCCGGCGUCAUCACCAGGGUGGCCCAGCGCCUGUGCCGCACCAACCGGACAGAGGGCAUGACACUGGACGCGUGCAAAGGACAAUUCCAAGUUUUGCCACCCAGCGACUUUUACCCUAUUCCGUGGCGACAGUGGCGUCUCUACUUUAACACGUUUCACAGCAAGCAGACUAUGCAGCGCCUGAGCAGCAGCAGGGCCAUCCACGUGUGGAACAAGUUCAGUGCCCACACCCCCGUCCAGGUCGGCUCACAACAGCCCUACGGCCUCUUGGCUCAAAAGUUUUGUCCCAAGGUCUACGGCAGUUGCGGCGCCACUUUUUAAUCCUGAUUAUGUGGAAAAGGGUUUUUUUUUAUCAAUAGUGCAUGGAACCUUCGAGAUACGCAGUGCUUGAGUUUUUCCUGAGAAAUUAAGGUUAGGAGGGAAUAUUUUUUUUCUGCUUUUUUCAACCAAAUUCUGCUAAACCAGACCAACUUGCCUCAAUAUUAAUUAAUUGAUGGGCAAAGCAGGCAAACCUUCAACCGACUUCUGCUUUAAAGAGGUGCAAAGAUUUGAUCAAGAUUUCAAUUGGUUUUAGAUAGCAAAAUAUUUCCAUAGAGCCCUUAAAAUGUUGGACGUGGAGCGUUUGAGAAUCUGUAUAAUAACCUCUCCCGUAUAAUUUAAUUCGGCGUCAAUCCAAAUAGUGACAGUGUUGACUGACAACAUUAAUUUUUGUGAUAAUCUAUGAUAUGGAAUCCUGAGUGGUGCAUCCCCGGAACUAUUUGUUUGUUUUAAUUUUUUUUUUUUUUAAAUUCAUUACUUUUAACUUCAACUCAAAUUACAUGAUAAGGAAUCUGGAAUUUUAUGCUUUGUGAUAUGCUAAACAUGAUAAUUAAUGUAGACCAUAAUGAUUUAAACAAUAGAAAGAAAGUGAGUCGCUGGUGCCAUUUUUUAAUACAGUCACGUAAAGUCCAUUCAUGGCUCAAUAAUAAUUAUAUAAUUUUAAAGAAUUCACAUCCUUUUUAUGCAGUAGUUCAAACUUUUUAAAGUUUUUCAGUAAAAAAUACGUGGGCAAUAAGUUAUUAGUACAAAAGUCCGUAUCAUG